AUGGCGCGCCAUUCUCACGACGGAGUUGACCACAUCUCUCCGGAUAUCGAGCGAGCGGCUGCGGACUAUCAUGCGGGCAGCGAUGACAAGGAAGCCAUUCUACCGCCGCAGCUCGGCGUCGGCGGCCAAGGUGGCACCCAGCGCCACCUCCGCGACUACCAGGUCACGAUGAUUGGCUUCUGCAGCGGCAUCGGGACCGGCCUGUUCAUCGGCACCGGCUCGGCGUAUGCACAGGCCGGCCCCGCAGGUUUGCUGCUUGCGUACAUCAUCGUCGGCGCUGUGCUUUGGUGUGUGAUGCAGAGCAUCGGCGAACUCGCAACCUUGAUUCCAACGGCGGGCACUUUCCCCCACUGGGCGACACGCUUCAUCGACCCUGCAGUCGGCUUCUCGCUGGCCAUCUCAUAUGGCUACUGCUACACCAUCUCGAUCGCCGCCGAAGCUUCUGCAUCGGCCAUCUUGGUGGCGUACUGGACAGACAUGACGCCGGCUGUCAUCAUCACCAUCUCGCUUGUGCUCAUUCUGGCCAUCAACCUCCUGAAUGUACGAUGGUAUGGCGAGGUUGAGGUCUUCAGCGGUUCGGUCAAGGUGCUCUGCUUCCUUGGCCUCAUCCUCGUGUCCAUCGUCAUCACCUCCGGAGGUGGGCCAAAUGGCGAGGCUAUCGGAUUCCGGUACUGGAACAACCCGGGCCCCUUUGUCCAGUACAACGACAUCAAGGGAACGACUGGCCAGUUCCUUGGCGUCCUGUCCGCCUUUGUCAACGCGUCCUUCUCCUUCAUCGGUGUUGAGACGGUUGUCAUCUGCGCUGCCGAGUCGAUCAACCCCCACAAGGCUAUCCCCACGUCCACGAGCCGCGUCACCUAUCGCAUUGGCCUUUUCUAUAUUCUCGGUGCUCUGCUCAUCGGCCUCAUCGUGGACCCUCGCAACCCCGACCUCGUCUCGGACGCUGGCAACGGCAACGCAUCGCCCUGGGUCAUCGCCAUCAGGCAAGCGGGGAUCUCCAUUCUGCCGUCCAUUGUCAACGCGUGUAUCCUCGUGUCGGCAUGGUCUGCCGGCCUCUCGUACUGCUGGGUCGGCUCGCGCAUGAUCGUUGCCAUGACCACUGACGGCCAGCUGCCCAGCGUCUUCGGCCGCACGUGGUCCAACGGUGUGCCCUACGUCGCCGUCAUCACGGCCUGGCUCUUCGGACCUUUCGCAUACCUCAGUCUGGGCUCGGGCGGCGCGGGUCAGGCGUUCACGUGGCUGCUCAACCUCAGCACCGUGUCGGGUCUCAUCGCGUGGGCGACGCUCUGCUUCUGCUACAUCCGCUUCCACCGCGCCAUGAAGGUGCAGGGCAUCAGCCGCGACACUCUGCCGUGGAAGUCGCCAUUCCAGCCUUACACGGCCUGGUUCGGCUUCAUCGGUGCCACCAUCAUUACUUUUGUCGCCGGUUUCCCCGUGUUCCUCAAGGGUAACUGGUCGACUGCCGACUUUAUCGCGUCGUACAUCAGCAUUCCCAUCUUUAUCCUGCCCAUUAUCGGCUGGAAGCUGUGGCACAAGACCAAGUUCCAACGUGCCGCGACGAUUGAUUUGUGGUCGGGUCGUCUGCAUGAGUCGCAGCAGCCGCCGCCCAAGCCGAUUGCAACGGACUUCAAGGGCAAGGUCCAUAACUUCUUUUCAUGA